AUGGCUCUGACGGCAUUCCCCUCCCCAUUUCAUACUGUUCCGUUCGCUUAUCUGACACGCCUGUUCGCUCAGGGGACACUGUGUCCCAGUCGCACGUAUGCCACCGAUGUGCAGCGCAAACAGUGGAGGGGGGUUGGCGAUUUUAGGCACUCUUUGCGUACUGUACGCCGACAUAUCUUCAUCCUCAUAUCUUGCACUCUCAACCGAUAUGGUGCAGUAGGGCGUUAG